AUGGCAAACCAAUCCCAAGAAAACCUUGAGAAAAAAUCCUCUUCUUCAUCAGCUGUAGUUGUAGUAGUAGUUCCCUUCCCCUCUCAAAGCCAUCUAAACCAGCUCUUCAAUCUCUCUCACAUCAUUUCCUCACACGACAUUCCAGUUCACUAUGUUGGAUCCACACUCCACAAUGCCCAGGUCAAGUCCCGGGCAAAUCAAGCAUUAAACGACACCAAAAAAAUGAUCCAAUUCCAUGACUUCCCAAUUCCCCAUUUCCAAUCUCCUCUCCCAAACGACAUUAAAUUCCCUUCACAUCUCAUGCCUUCCUUUGAAGCCACAAUCAAGCACCUUCAACAACCUUUCUAUGACAUUCUCACUAUGCUCUCCAAAACGGCGACAAGAGUCGUCGUAAUCCAUGACCCUUUGAUGAACUCUGUAGUUCAAGAUUCUUCUACUUUUCCCAACACUGAGUCUUACCAAUUCCAUUGUGUCUCUCCCCUUUACCAUUUCACCUAUGUGCGUGACAUCUUGGGAGUACAAAUUGGUCAUGAUGCUGAUAACAAGUAUGCGAAUAUUCCGUCUUUGGAGAAGUCCAUAACUUCCGAGUUCGAAGCUUUUGUAGCUUACCAAGAUCAGUUUGUCAACCAGCAUAUAAUUAAGACAUCCGGGCAUCUCUAUAACACUUGCAGGCUGUUAGAAAGCACUUUUCUUGACUUCAUGUUGGAGAUGAAUAGAGAGAGUGAUGAGAAUGUGAAGAUGUGGGCAAUUGGGCCAUUGAAAACUGUGACAAGCUUCAAGAACAGAUCACCAAAUAGAGUGAAUGGCGAACACAAGUGUUUGGAGUGGCUGGACAAGCAGGAGAGUAACUCUGUGUUGUACAUCUCCUUUGGGACAACAACUUUCAUGAAAGAUGAGCAGAUUAGAGAGUUGGCUGUUGGGUUGGAGAAAAGUGGGGUGAAGUUUUUGUGGGUCUUGAGAGAUGCAGACAAAGGAAAUGUUUUUGAUGAAGGUGAAGUUAGGAGGCCUCAACUUCCACAAGGGUUUGAGGAUAGAGUGAAAGAGAAGGGAAUUGUGGUGAGAGAUUGGGCGCCCCAAUUGGAGAUUUUAGGGCACUCCUCAACUGGAGGUUUCAUGAGUCAUUGCGGGUGGAAUUCAUGCUUGGAAAGUAUUAGUCUUGGAGUGCCCAUAGCAGCCUGGUCAAUGCACUCUGAUCAGCCCAUUAAUGCUGUCUUGAUGACAGAUUUGCUCAAAAUCGGUGUUGUUAUAAGGGAAUGGGCAAAAAAGGAUGAGUUGGUGAGUUCAUCGGUGGUUGAGGAAUUCGUGAAGAGAUUGAUGAAAUCGGAAGAAGGAAAUGAGGUGAGGAAAAGGGCUGAAGAAUUAGGUUAUGAAUUGAGAAAAGCUACUGCUCAAGGUGGAGUUUCUCGCUUGGAGUUGGAUUCUUUCAUUGCUCAUAUCACAAGAUCGUGA